CAGAUUGAGCGAGGCAGCACCAAGCCCAUCGUCGUCGUCGGGUCCCACCACAUCCACCUCAAGACACCCCGAUUCAAGAUGACUAAGAAGAGAAGAAACAACGGCCGCAACAAGAAGGGCCGCGGCCACGUAAACUUCGUUCGCUGCUCGAACUGCUCGCGAUGCGUGGGCAAGGACAAGGCCAUCAAGCGCUUCACGGUGCGCAACAUGGUCGAGAGUGCGGCGGUGCGGGACAUCAGCGAUGCGAGCGUGUACUCUGAGUACGUUAUCCCCAAGCUCUACAUCAAAAUCGCCUACUGCGUGUCGUGCGCAAUUCACUCGCAUGUUGUUCGUGUCCGUUCCCGCGAGGGUCGCCGCAACCGUGCCCCCCCUCCCCGCGUACGGUGGAAGGAUGGCAAAAAGGUCAACCCCGCUGUCGCCGCGGCCGAGGACGCCAAGGCGGCGCUGGCAGCGCAGGCUCGGGGUGCAUAGGCUAUGUAUACGGAGACAAUGUCAUGUCUUUAUGCUCGCUGCAUGCCCGGCCCACUCGUCCCGCAUCUACCUCACGCUAUCACCAAACUCGACUCCGAUUGGCACUCAUAGCCUGUACCAGUACGCAGAGCGCGAUGUAUUGCCUUUUAUCUUGUGAGAAUGGAUGCCCUCGGGUGUUACAGUCAA